AUAUAAGGUGUAUUGUGUAUGAGCAUUUUGUGCAAACAAAAAUUUCAUCUCUUUUCGAUUGCACGAAAAAUUUUGCUGAAGAUAGAGCCUCACGCGAUUUGCCUGAAUAAAAGUGGUCUACGUUUCUGGAACGGUUCGACAAUCGCUAUAUCGCGCAACGUCGUCACGUGCACAUCACGUCAGCAUUAUCUUCAUUUUAGACAAUAUAUAAAAAAAGAAAGAAGAGUUGUUAACAACGAAGAGAGGUUUUUUUCGUUAAAGAAAACUGCAAAGUCGCUAUAUUUUAACAUCAAGGAGAUACUGAUCUGGAACCAUCAUGUUGGCAACCGCUCUUCUGUGCUUGAUGGCUGUCGGUGGAGUAAAUGCAAACUAUGCGGAGAAAAAUGGGCUUUCAAGCAAGGGCUUGAGUUUUUCUGUGAUGUCCUUGGAGUGUGGGGAAACUCAUUGCGCCAAAUGCUACGUAGAUCCAGGCUCGGACGGGAACGUUUACCUAAAUACUUUUGAAGUAACUAAGAAACCAAACAAGUAUCAGUUGAAUGUCGAAGGAGGAACGCACGACUGGAUGGUCGAGAUUGUCCAGGAAGAUCGGUGGGAGCCGUUUCGUGUUUGCCGUGAGUCCACUGGCGCAGAUGCCGGGAUCACCUGGACUUGGAACAUGUGUUUUGAGGAUUUCACCUCGUCCGGCUUGACCAUCCCGGAGGAGUGUGGGGAACCUGUGGCACUGUACUACUCCAGUGUUAUCAUGAACGACGACUCCAUUUUAGGCCAGCAAGUGCUUUUCUGCACUAAAACCAUCGGUGAUUUGCGCUGAUCAAAGGGUGUUGACUAGUAGAUAAAUAAAGCCUUUCGAUAUUCGCAACGCACCUUGGGUAUGGAUGGCAAGUAAACCAGGCAAUUAUGUGCACAGACCUGUGGGGCUGUGAUCGAACCAGUUAAACAUUUCAUUUGAUUCCUUGAGUCUUCUUUAUAUAUUUAGUGAUCAUCUCUUCACGCAUUGUUGUAUUGGAAAUUUGAAAUAUAAUGACAGUUAUGUUAGAAAUAAUUUUGUGAAGACUGUUUUGGGGAAUACCUGUCUAGAUACCAGUUUCAUUAGCUAUGACUAUUAUCAUUACAACCCUACCACUAUUGGCCAAUCAGAAUCAAGAUUUGAAGCUCACGCCUCCAGAACUGACCAAUCACAAUCGUUCCUCUGUGCCUGGCGACUGGCUACUGGAGAGAAAUUUCAAGACUGUCUCUUCAUUCAUUUCUAAAGUUUAAAAACUUUAUUUUAUUUGCAAAACAUAUUAUUGACAAAGAAUAUUCUAUGAAUGAAUAAAGUGAAUCGAUGGUCAGUUAACUUUGGAAACAAAUAAUGCGGGAAUAUUUUUCCCUCCAAAGAUGACCACCCCUGAAAAAGAAAUGCUGAAGUCCGUCUCCAAGUCCAAAAACAGAGCGAGUUAUAAUCCACAAUUUCCUCCAGAUUUUCUGGAAAAUUGACGUUCAAAAUCCGGGACAGACGUAUAGGCACGUUUGGGGUCAGUUACUGGCCUGUGCACUUCAUUCACGAGUCGGCCAUGUUAAAUUGAAAGCGAAAAAAAAAAUCUUCAUUUUUGAAACUUACGAAGAGAAACAAUGGCAUGAUAAUAAUUACAAAUUAACCCGUGUCUGCUCUGAUGAAUAAUUUAAAAUUUGUGAUUAAAAAUACAGUGAAAUACAAGACAAAAACGUAGUGUAUUCUCCAAUUCGAUCAUGAGAAUAGAGCAUGCGCAGUCUACAGACUUGAUCAAGUGUGCGGAAUUAUCCAAUGAGGAUCACGUAAAACCAUGGGCGAUAGAGUUUGCUAUGGUCGUGACGUUCAGGAUUCUGAUGUCAUUCCAAAAUGGCUUGACAUGGACCUUAUUCACGAGAAAGACAUUUUGGUCGUGUUCCCUAAAUGUAUUUUACAAAUUGUGAACUGUUGAACGGGAUGGUGCCAGACUGUUCGUGCAUUCCAUAGCCUCACUUUAAUACAAUUUUUUUUUUAAUGUGGCUAAAAACAAUAUGUUUUGUUUAAAUAAUAAAAAUUAAUGUUAUGAUUUAAAUUGUAUUUACUUUCAAAAAGUGCGGUACUAUUUCAUCUACUCCUUUAUACGACAGUUUUUAAAUGUUACAAUUAAGGGAAGUGUUUGACUUGGUUUAAGAAGGGCCUGUACCUAAUUGUUGCGCAGAAUUAUCACUGGUUAAAUUGAUAAUUUGUAUAGGGAAGUCAAAUUUAUUUCCAUUGUAACGAUAUGGGUUUUUGGGUUUAAAAUGAUGAAUAAUUCACGAGGAGCGUGAAUAAAAUGCAGUGUUAUUUUCUGGCUGUUCCUUUUAGUGUACUUACCCGCCAGUGUAAUAGCCCUAGUUAACAAGUUUGGACAUAUGUUCGUCGACAUUUAUGUCAUUUGAUAAUUCUAUCUUGAGAAUGAUUAUUUGGUAACAGUAUGUCAUCUUCAUUGUCAGUAAUCAAAGUUAGCACUCCUUUUGAGCCAUUUUUAUGCACAACAAGGAGUUGUAGUCAUUGCAUUGCGGCAAGAGCGCCCACAUGCACAUGGCUUGUUCUGGUGCGAGCGCGCGAGCUGUGAAAGGAACUCCGACCGAGCCAAUUCUUGUCUAAAAGUCGCCCACUUUUCCCUCAUUUUUGGGGUAAGUUUGAUUCUAAUUAUGUAUUGAGUAGAUAAUGUAAGGGACAUAGAAGAGGUUGGUUGAUAUGAUUAUUGUCAAACUGAUUGAUUCUUAUAGUUUCUAUGGUGUUAAUUUGGUGUGAAAGUGUCAAAACUUUUCUGGAGUUGAAUGACCGUUUUCGUAUACAUUCACUGCACAAUCAGACAACGCGUAAUGGCGAAAAUGCGUUCAGCACUGUGUACAUUGCGUACGUAGUGUGCGUGCAUGCACAGCACAACGAUGAAUCUACUCGCUUUAUUCUGAAAUGUUCGUGUAUGUCGCAUUGUUUAUGGGUGCAUGGGACUCUUUAUGAUAAAAUAUAUUUCCUUAAAUAUGUUUCCCGUGUAUGCUAUUUGUAUUUUUAUGUACUCUAAUUUAUAGCUGAGACUUUGCUGAGACUGUCAAGUCACAGGCCUUGAAGUUUGACAUCUCAAGUGCAUUGUUGUAUACUUGGUCUUUUCUAUUAUAUCAGGGUAAGACUGUGAUUCUCUUUGUGUGCUUGACUAAUCAGUCAUCCUAUUUAGUAUUAUUUUGAGGGAUCAUGACACCUGUCUACAAAACAACUAUAUAGUUUAUGCUGUAUAAUUGAAAUAUCUGUUGUUUGUAGUAACAUUGAUUUAAUCCAAUGACUUUGGAACAAGACUCACAAAAGUUUAACAUCAAUUCAUUUUAUUCAUGAUCAACAGGGUCUUCUUCUUAGUCUUCUUCUUCUUAGUCUUCUUCUUCGUCUUCUAUUUAGUCCUCUUCUUGGUCGUCUUCUUCAUUCAAGGGACGUCAUUUGGGUCUUUCCCUGUUUGUUAUUUGGAUCUUUUUUUAAAAUUAUUUUGUACGAUUGGAGAAAGUGAAUUUAAUUAAAACUUGAUCAAGUGAAUCAGCAUAAACAACCGUCUGAGUGUUCAAGUUCGAUUCUGCUUGUU